AUGGCUUCACCCACAACAGCCGUUGACAAGUUAUUUGUCUGUCCUGGAUGUCAGAAAGGUGGCUUCAAAAACAUCAGUGCUGUUAAAGCUCAUUUUGAGUCCAAAGGCCACAAACUUGCUUGCGGUCCAUGCGACACAUCUUUUGGAACUAUAAAGGCAUUGCUCAAGCACUCCCAGAAUCAUGAAAAGCCCCUAGAUGGUUCCGAUCUCAAGUCUCUCAAGUCGGCAAAGCCAGCGCCAAAGAGCACAAAGGAACAGAAGUUCCAGGACCUUUCUGGGCUCUUGUCUGCCAAACCUACGAAAUCAGCCCUAAAGUCCGUGAAAUAUAACAAGCUCCCGCAUCUGUCUGAGUCUUUUGUCAAGCCCGCAAAGGAUGAAAAGUCACAGGAUCGUUCCGAGCCCUUGCCUGCCAACCCUGCGAAAUCUAUUGCAAAGAAAACAAAGCUUGAGAAGUCCCAGGAUCUUUCUGAUUCCCUCCCUGUCAAACCUACAAAAAACACUGCAAAGAAAACAAAGCUUGAGAAGUCACAGGAUCUUUCUGAGUCCCUCCCUGUCAAACCUACAAAAUCCAUUACAAAGAAAACAAAGUUUGAGGAGUCCCAGGAUCUGUUUGAGGCUUUGUCUGUCAAAUCUGCGAAACCCACUCCAAAGAAAACAAAGAUAGAGAAGUCCCUGGAUCGCUCUGAUAUGCUGCCUACCAAGCCUGCAAAACCGGCUCAAAAGCGCACAUCAAACCAGGCCCCGUCACAUGCUCCAUUGGGGACAGAGGAUUUUGAAGACCUAUGGAACAAGACUUCCGAACUUGACCCCCCAAAUGCGUCAUCACCUGCCAUCCAAAACGCAAAUUACCAUGUUGUUCUCGAGCCGCUCGAGCAAAGCUUGAUCUUUCGCUAUUUGUCGGCACGGUGUCACUCAGAAACCCGUCUCGUCACCCGAGGCUUCACCUUUCGGGCUGGCUUGGCGGAUGUCAGCAGACGCCCCUCGAAGAAGCCCCCUCCGAAGACAGGACACUUCCGCCAAGUUCCUCGCUCCGCGGACGGCUUGCGGAAAAGGAGAGCAAUUGUCCUUGACUGUGAGAUGGUGCAAGUUGAAGCAGGGCGUCGGGAGCUUGCUUUUUUGAGCGCAAUUGACUUUCUGACUGGCGAAGUUCUCAUCGACAAUUAUGUGCAGCCGAAAUCGAGAGUCGUGAACUGGGAUUCUCGGUUCAGUGGGGUGACCCCUAGUGCCAUGAACAAGGCUGUCAAGAAAGGCACAGCCUUGUUUGGCUGGGAAGGCGCGCGCUCGAAAUUAUGGGAGUUCAUGGAUAGCGAGACUGUCCUUGUUGGUCAUUCUCUCAACAAUGAUCUUGACGUCUUAGGUAUCAUCCACUGGAACGUUGUCGACUCCUCCAUCAUUACCAGCGAAACGGUGUUUUACACUGUACACGCCAGCGAACCACUCAACCGCACAUGGAGUCUGAAGACCCUUACCAAUGAAUUGGUCAAUUAUGAUAUCCAAGUCGGGAAGCAGGGCCACAGUGCGCUGGAGGAUGCGCAUGCAACACGGGAUAUUGUGAUAUGGUGUCUGCGAUACCCGGAACACCUAAAGGUAUGGGCGGACAAUGCCCGGGACCAAGAGGAGCAGCGCGCGUACGAGAGGGAGUUGAAGAGGACGACAGAAGAGGAGGUGAAGGAGCAGAAGAGAAAACAUGAUAUGGAGAUAAAGAUCCAGAUGUUAUCUCGUGGUGUGACUGGUUUGGAUAUCCACGACGUUGGCCUGUCUGAUGAUGAUGCUAAUGGCCCUGAUUCUUCUUUUGUCGACCAUGAUGCUGGUGACAUUGAAUACGAAUCGGUAACUAUCGAAGCGGCCGCAGCUUCAUUCUUUUGA